AUGUCUCGUCAAAAGGGCUCCAAGACGGCGCAAAAGAAGAACAGCCUUUUAUCGAAGAACCCUGAAUCGCUUAGCAGCCAGUCGAAGUCUUCGACGCAGAGCUCCAAAACCGCCCGCCUCACCGACCACGAGGAACUGCUGACGAAUGAGGUGGAGCUGAUGCUGUCCGAGCUGAAGCGCACCGACGACGUCCAGGAGAACGUCAACGUGCUGGAGCAGAUGAAGAAGCUUAUCACGACGACGACCGGCUUCGAGUCCCUUCCCAAGACGCUGAAGAUUCUGCUGGGCCACUACGCCGAGCUGAAGGCGCUCUACGAGCAGAAGGGCAGCGCUGAGGUGAAGAAGCGUCUCGCCAGUCUGAUCUCAUUCGUGGCCACUGCUCAGCCGCCCAACUCCAAGGGCGACGUUCUGCGCUACUACCUCCUCUCCGACACCGACGCAGUGAACCUCUGGGGCAUCGCCUACGUGCGUGACCUCAACAAGGACGUCCUCGAGCAGUGGAAGGAGCCCAGCAACAGCAGCAGCAAGGACACCCUGGUCAGUCUGGUGGCUCGCAUUGCCCGCUUCUACCUGCAGGAAAACUCCGAGGUGGAUGCCGUGGAUCUGCUGCUGGAGACGGACCAGUUGACAGAGCUCACCUCGCUGGUCACCGCCGAUGACGUCUGCAGUAAGGUCUGUCGGUACAUCUACAGCAGUGCGCAGUACCUGCCCGACCCCGAGGACAAGAGCGCCCUCUACGUGGCCAUCAAUCUCUGGCUCAAGUUUGGCCACUGCGUGGAGGCGCUGAUUGCCGCCAUUCACCUGCAGAACGCUGCAGCCAUUGAGAAGAUCUUCUGCCUGGCCGCUGACGAGACGGUCCACAAGCAGAUGGUCCUCAUUCUGCGCCGUCACAACUUGAGCAUCAACAGUGAGGUGAUCAAGCCGUCGGCCGCCAAGCUGCUCACCGCCAACUUUACCAGCAAACACUUUCACCGGGUGACAAAGCAGCUGGACUUUACUGCACCGAAGGGACCGGCCGACUUUGUCAAGCCGCCACGUGCUAAUCCACGUCAUCGAAGCCUCAGUUUGCUGUUGUCUCAGCAGGAAGGCAAAUCGGCAGUGGGCGACUCCCUUCUGAGUGGCUUCGUCAAUGCUGCCUUUGGCAGCGACAAGCUGCUUCUCGAGGGCAAAGACGGAACCAAGGAGCAGUCCUGUAUUCAAAAGCAGGAAAACAGCGCCAAGAUUACCGCCGUGGGCAGUAUUGGACUGCUCAAUCUCUGGGACGCGGCCAGCUGCCGAGGCAACAUUGAGAAGUACCUUCACUCGACUGACACGCACCUUCAGUCUGGAGCUCUCAUCGCCUGUGGCCUGGCUAACUGCACCACCAAAAGUGAGGCCACUGAUCAGCCACUGCAGCUGCUGAAGAGUCAGCUGGAAGGCACCUCCUCUGGUGAGGUUCAACUGGGCGCCAUCUUUGGCAUUGGUCUUGCCUACGUGGGCAGUCAGCACCAGCAGGCGAACGGCACCCUCCUGGAGAUACUGCAGAACGACAAGACCAGCCCCAUGAAUGUCG